AUAGAAAUGAACCUAAAAAUCUGGUCUUUUUAAAAUUUACAUUACAUAGAACUAGAAAUUGCGUUUUGCCAAAAAAAGAAGAGAAAAUAAUCAUCAAAUAAAAAUAUCUCUGAAAAGAUAAGCAGGGACCCAAGAAUUUGGGAACGCCAAGCAACUACACACUGGAGUUCGUUUCUCAAUGGAGCUAACUCUGCCUACCCCCUUGUUUGUCUCCAUCCCCAAGAUCGUUAGGAGUUCUAAACCCAACAACCAUGGCCUUUGCUUGUUGAACUCUAUUCCUCUUUCAGCUGAUAUGAAACUACAAGGAGGAAGAAGAACAUUGACUAUAGCUUCCUCUCUACCUGAAACCGCUGCUUCUGUGGCAAUUGCUGCUACAGUUGUAGGCGCAGCAGCCACCUUCCUUUCCAGAAGAAACAAAGAUUCUGAGGCAGUGGAGGUUCCUUUGAUAACAUGUGAAGAUUGUGGUGGUUCAGGCUUAUGUUCGGAAUGCAAAGGUGAAGGUUUUGUGCUUAAGAAAUUGUCAGAUGAAAAUGCAGAGCGGGCGAGGUUGGCUGCGAAGAAUAUGGCCACUCGAUUCACCGCAGCGCUUCCUAAAAAAUGGAGUUACUGUUCCAAGUGCUCUUCUGCUCGAUCUUGUAGUACUUGUGGUGGCAGUGGGACCUUGAGCUCUUAGAAAUUUCGAUAAAGUGAUGAAUUCUUUACAAAUGUACAUGAGAGUUUAGAUCACAAACGCUGGUUUUAUUGUUUAAAGGAAAUUUGACUUGUUCUUUUAUGAGUUUGCUGAAUCAGUUUAUGGUUAAA